AGGGCCGUGUGAGCAGCUGCACGAUGGUGUCCGUGAAGUGGGUUUCCUCAAUCCUGCUGCUGCAACUCUGCUGUGCUGGCUGUGGCUUCUGUGGGAAGGUGCUGGUGUGGCCUUGUGACAUGAGCCACUGGCUUACUAUCAAGGUCAUUCUAGAGGAACUCGCAGAGCGGGGCCAUGAGGUAACAGUGCUCACUCAUCCCCAUACUCAUCUCAUUGAUCACUGGAACCCCUCUGCCCUGAACUUUGAGGUGGUCGAUGUGCCAUUUGUCAAAGAGAAUACCAAGAAAAAUCAUGCUGCAAUGCAGAAGCUAGCUCUUGAUGUCUCACCACUGUUGCUACCCUGGCGAUCAAUAAUAAAACUGAGUGGCCUCUUAAGGGGGAUGAAUAAAAGUUUUAAACUUUUCUGUGAGAGUGUCAUCUACAACCAGACACUCAUGAAGAAGCUGCAGGAAACCAACUAUGAUGUAAUGCUUAUCGACCCUCUGAAGCCCUGUGGUGAGCUGGUGGCUGAGUUGCUUGCAGUCCCCUUUGUAAUCACGCUUAAGUUUUCCGUAGGAGGCAAUAUGGAGAGAAACUGUGGGAAACUUCCAUCUCCACCUUCGUAUGUCCCUGUGACUAUGGUGGGGCUAACAGACAGGAUGACUUUUCUGGAAAGAGUGAAAAAUGCAAUGCUUUUGGUUUUCUCUAACUUAUGGAUUCAAGGUGGUGACUUUCAAAUUUGGAACCAGUUUUAUAGUGAAGCCUUAGGAAGACCCACCACAUUAUGUGAAACUCUGGCAAAAGCUGAAAUUUGGUUAAUCCAAACAUACUGGGAUUUUGAAUUUCCUCGUCCAUACUUGCCUAAUAUUGAGUUUGUUGGAGGACUGCAUUGCAAACCCGCCAAACCUUUACCCAAGGAAAUGGAAGAGUUUGUCCAGAGUUCAGGUGAAGAUGGCGUCGUGGUGUUUUCUCUGGGUUCUGUAAUUGAUAAUUUAUCUGAAGAAAAGGCUGACCUCAUUGCUUCUGCCCUGGCUCAGAUUCCACAGAAGGUUUUAUGGAAAUUCAAAGGAAAGAAACCAACAACCUUAGGUGCAAAUACUCGAGUCUAUGAUUGGAUACCCCAGAAUGAUCUUCUUGGCCAUCCCAAAACCAAAGCUUUCAUCACACAUGGUGGAAUUAAUGGGAUCUAUGAAGCAAUUUACCAUGGGGUCCCCAUGGUAGGAGUUCCCUUAAUUAGUGAUCAGCAUGACAACAUUGCUCACAUGAAGGACAAAGGAAUGGCUGUGGAGAUGAACCUGCACACAAUGACAAGUGCAGACUUGCUCAGUGCCUUGAGGACAGUGAUCAAUGACCCAUCCUAUAAAGAGAACGCCAUGAAGUUAUCGAGGAUUCACCAUGAUCAGCCCAUGAAGCCCCUGGAUCGAGCAGUCUUCUGGGUCGAGUUUGUCAUGCGCCACAAGGGAGCCAAGCACCUUCGGCCAGCAGUCCAUGACCUCAGCUGGUUCCAGGCCCACUCUUUGGAUGUGAUCGGGUUCCUGCUGGCUUGUGUGGCAGCUGUUAUAAUCUUUGUCACAAAAUGCUUGUUGUUUUGCUGCCAACAGUUUGGAAAGACAGAAAAAAAGAAAAAGAAGGAAUAGAUCCCUUCAAGUUGGGCAAAGUGCUGAAUAGGACAAACUUGUUCAUUCCUGGGUACAGGGAGAACACAUCUGCUUUCUGUUUUCAUAGUCCUCAUUCCUCAAUCUUAUUCUAGCAUUCAAGCUAAUAAUCAGCUAGUGAGUGUCUCUCUCUCUUUUUUUUUUUUUUUGUCUUCCUAGCUUUUUUUUUUUCCCUCCUUUUUCACAUUACUGGUUACAGAGAUACCAAUAACUCUGAGAUGAGACAUAUAGGAAUGCUUUUCUUUCAUUUCAGUUCCUUCUCAUCACUCCCAUUUUUCCAUUACCAUGGCCUCCUAUUAUACUCAAGAAUAGUGACCAUGCUGUUAUCCUCUUGCCAGUCUCAUUUAUGUUGCUACAAAUAACAAGAUUUCAUUAUAUUUACAGAUGAAUAAUAUUACACUAUAUAUAAUAUGUAUAUGAGAGCAUAUUUUCUUAAGCUAUUUAUCUUUUGAUGAAUGCCUGAGACCAAAUUUUGACCAUCAUGAUUUGUGCUAUAAUACAAAAAGCAGAACGAUUUCAAAUAAACAACCUAGUUAUGCAUCUCAGCAUCCUGAAAAACAAGAAGAAAUGAAACCUCAAAUUAGUAUAAAGAGGGCCGGCGCCGCGGCUCAACAGGCUAAUCCUCAGCCUAGCGGCACCGGCACACCGGGUUCUAGUCAGGUCGGGGUGCCGGAUUCUGUCCCGGUUGCCCCCCUUCCAGGCCAGCUCUCUGCUAUGGCCCGGGAGUGCAGUGGAGGAUGGCCCAAGUGCUUGGGCCCUGCACCCGCGUGGGAGACCAGGAGAAGCACCUGGCUCCUGGCUUUGGAUCAGCGAGAUGUGCCGGCAGCAGCGGCCAUUGGAGGGUGAACCAACGGCAAAAAGGAAGACCUUUCUCUCUGUCUCUCUCUCUCUCUCACUGCCCACUCUGCCUGUCAAAAAUUUAAAAAAAAAAUUAGUAUAAAGAACAAAGUAAUGAAGAGCAUGGUAUAAACAAAAGUGAAAUGAAAAAUCAGUGAGAUGAAAAUUUUGUUUCUGAAUAUCUGAACAAACAACAAAACCCGAGCUAGAAAGAAAAGAAAAAAAGAUAAUAUGAACAGAGAAAGAUAAAAAGGAGACAUUACAAUUGCCACAGAAAUAUAGAGGGUCAUAAAAAACUAAUAUGAACAAUUAUACAUAAACAAAUAGACAACUUCAAAAUAUUGAAAAUUUCCUGGAUGCUUAUAACCUACCAAUACUGAAUCAAGAAGAAAUAAAAAAAGCCAGCUGACCAAUACGUACAAAUGAGAUAGAAGCUGUAAGUGCAAGUUUUCCAACAUAGAAGGAACCAGAACUGAUGGCUCAAGUGCUGAAAUCACUUAAAGGAGAAAUAAUGCCAAUUAUUCUCAAAUUAUUCUAAAAAUUUAAAAGAAGAGAAUUCUGCCAAGCAUAUUUCACAAAGGCAGCAUUACUCUGACACCAAAGCCAGACAAAGAUUGCAGAAACAAUAAACUAUAGACCAAUUAUCCUGAUGAAAUCUGCUUUUAUAUUCAAGUAGCUAUUUCAAUGUACGUCAUAACUUUAUAGAUUUACUGUAUAUCGCUUCUCGGCCUUUUGGCUAAGAUCAAAUGUAGAUUUACUGUGUAGUCAACUAGUGCAAUAAUUUUCUAUAUAAAAGUUUAGAGAUAUACAGCUAAUUGUAAGAAACUUUAAAAUAUAUGACAGAAUCAAUACAAGGGAAAAAUGAACUUCAAGAAAUGUAAAAUAUUUGUAACAUUUAAAACAUGUAAAAUUUAUAUAAUUUUGAGAAGUAUAACAUUUGUUAUUAUAAUUAUUUAAAUAAACUUUUUAAGAUAUAAUUUAUGCAUCAUAAAACUCACCUAUAUAUAAUCCAAUGGAUUUAGUAUGCUUACAGCAUUAUGGAUUUGUUAUGAUAAUCUGAUUUUAGGACAUUUUCAUCACCCAACAACAAAACUUCGUACACCUUGGAGUUCAAUCCCUAUACUCUCUCACUUGCAGCAACUACUAACAUAUACAUGUAUGCUUGCUCUGGAAUUUUGUGUAAAUGGAAUCACACAUUAUAUUGUCUUUUACAACUGCUUUGUCUAAGCACGGUAUCUUCUUAAGUGUCAUCCACAUUUUAGUAUACGUCAGUACUACUUUUUCAUUCACUUUUACUGUUGGAUAACACAGUCUAUAACAAUACACUAUAUUUAACUAAUUCAUUAAUCAACUAAUGGAUAUUUUGUUUAACUAUACUUCCUGCUAUGGUGAGUAAUGAUGUCCCAAAGAUUGAUAUGCACACUAAUGCAUGAAUAUGUUUAUUUGUUUGGGGAUGAUAUUACUGGAUAAUAUAAUAAUUUCACAUAAACGAGGAUCUGCCAAACUGCUUAUCAAAGUGACUGCACAUUUGCAAUCACUUUUAGAUCCAUGUUAGUGAUAAAUGAGGGUUUUAAGCUGUCUUAUUGCCUAUACAUGUAAUCACUUGUUAUACCCAUAUUACAGUGUGUGAAAUGGUGUCUAAUUGUAGUCUAAAUUUGCAUGACUCUUAUUGCUGAAGUUGUUUAGCUUCUUUGAUAUAUUUGUUUGUUAAUUGUAUAUAUUCUUUGAAUAAAUGUGUAUUCAAAACAUU